AUGCCUCUGCUCUACGCCCAAUUGCCGCGUCUGUUUACCAUCUCCAUCUUUGGCGCUCAAUACCAUGCCGAUUCUUUGCCUUCGGCGUCGAAACAAGAUCUGAUUGACCGAUUCGGGGCUCUCGUUCAUGAGUCGGCCGUCUAUGUUGACGAGUUGACGCACGACGACAGCGAGCGCGGCGCCGGACUGUCGCGCGUCUGGGUCAGUUACUGGCAAUCACCCGAGGACUUUCAGCAAUGGUGGAGCUCCCCAGUCGUGUCUGAUUUCUGGUCAGGCUUAGCUGACGACGCGGGCUUCUGGCGCGAGACUCUGCACUUCCCGUCGACGAGGUUCAUAAACGAAGUGACGCAGGAUGUGCCCUCGGGGGUCGGCCACCUGCGGCUGGAGCCUUUGGCGCCGCUCACCGAAAAAUCGGGAUACUGGGGUGCCUAUCGAGAUCGCCUCGAAGAAGCCACGGCCGAAGACAGGCUGUCGUCGCCGCUCGAGUCGGUGCCCACCCCCAAAUUGCCCGACGGAACGAUACGGCGGGGCCGGGUCCAGAUGACCUCGUUUCCGGACAACAUCUGCUAUGUGAUCGAAGGGCAGGAUCAUACCCCUCUCAAGGAGCAUGAAGGUAAGGUCUGGUCGGACAAGUUCCAUCGCAUCACCAAGCGAUGGGUGACCAAUGUCCUCCGGGCAGGGCCUGAGGGGGGACUCUUGACGAGUCGCAUGUGCCACGUCCCGGAAAGUGGAAUGAUCCGGGUUGAGAAGGCCGAAUCCGACGUGCCCGACGAUCCAGACGUCUAUCCUGCCUUGAACAUCAAUCGCAAGGUCGAGGUAUUCUUCUUCCUCGAGCUCAAGCACAUGGAACGUGUGGGCCGGCGGGACAAGACCCAUGUGGCGUUGAGGACGGAGUUCAUGAAGACAUAUGGUCCGGGAGGCAUCAUGUCGCACGGGGACUUGCUGCUCUGGGUGGAGCUGGGGAUUCUGAAAGCCCAGGACAUGGAAGCCGAGUAUAUUGGAUGCUAUGAUGGCACCGGCUUCUUGGCUUAUGAUCAUCAUCCCUCUUUCAGGUCGACCACCCGUUUCUCGAGCACCGGUGGCGCGUGGUCCAAGGUUGGAAGUUUGUUCGGCUUGAGUUGA